UCUCACCCCACGCAGCCCACGACACCAACAACUCAGGACGAAAUUACAUCACGUUCUCAGGGGGCGGUAGCCUUGUGGGGAAGGGAGGGGUCGGGAAAGAGACGAGUUAUAAAGAGAAGCCAGUCCCCUUGGUGAUAUCAGUUGAGUUUGAUUCAUACACAUCAUUCCUCUCUUUCUAUUUUUUUCGUAUCUAAAUCUAUCUUCUACUACAAUAUCCCAACGCCACAAUGGACAAGCUCGCAUCUAAGUUCGGUCAUGGCGAUAGCAGCAGCAGCAACAACGAGUCGUCGAGCAGCGCCCAGCAGCUGGAUUAUGGUGAUAAGGCUCUCAACAACCUCGAGGAGAAGUACGGCGGCGGCAUGAUUGACCCCGAGAACGAGAAGGUGCGACAGAUCAACGAGAAGGUUACGGACGGUCUGCGCGACAAGUUCGAGGCGAAGACUGGAUAUGACGUCCCCGAAAAGCUCUCGAACUAAACUGUGUGGACGGUUAUGACUUGCUAUGAUUAGGAUGGGUAGUUAUACAUGACAGAAAUCUGUUUGAAAUAUUAUGAUGUUUGUUAUAAUAUACCUUAGCCACUGCACCGAUAUUUCGAUCGAAAUUUGGUCGGGCUUUAUAUGACUGAUAUCCCAACAAUAUAUGAAUUGGUUGUA